AUGGUCAAAUUAACCAUCGACAUGCUGAUCCGUAAAAAAUCCGGACAGCUGAAUAAGAAACGUGAUGAAAGUUUGACCAGAUUUUUAAAAAAGCAGACACAUUUGAAUCUAGAAAACAGGCAGAUUACUGAGAUUGGCGCAGAACUGAAAUCAUGCCCUAAUUUGUUAGUGCUCUAUCUAUAUGACAACCAGUUGACGACAAUGCCAGAUCUGACUAAGAAUAUUUACAUUGAGGCUAUCUACAUACAAAACAAUUGUAUCUCGAGGAUACAGUAUCUUGAUAACUUGUCAAAGUUGAAAAAAAUAUAUCUAGGGCACAAUCAUAUAUGUGUGCUGGAGGGUUUUGAAACUGUUGAGCAGCUGGAAGAAUUGAACAUCGAAUGCCAGAAACUGGCUCCUGGGGACUCUUUGAUUGUCGACCCUUUUAGUGUUUUUGCAUUUUCGAAAACACUGAAAAUUUUAAAUGUGGCAGGCGACAAUCUGACAUCGAUAGCAGCUUUCGAGAGCUGCGUCAGCCUAAGGGUUGCUAACUUCACUAACAAUUUCAUCGAUAACUUAGCUGAAACGGCCGAUGUCAUCAGUAAGAAAUGGUUCUACAUCACGAAAUUAGAUUUUAGCGGGAAUCCUAUUUGCAGUGCACAUAAAUAUAGAGAUGAGAUAAUUCUCGCUGCUAUUAAUACUCUAGAAAUUUUGGACGAGAAGGAAAUAACAGAGAACACGAAGCAAUUUUUGAGAGGAUUAAAGUUGAAAUCAGAGCCUAAAAAUAGAAUCAACUCUAACGGAGCUGUCAAUCACAUUGAAAGGGGCAAUAAUAGUAACAACAAAAACCACACAUCGUCGUCGUCCAAAAAUGACGUCAUCAAUGACAUCAACAAAGACACCAACGGCACAGAUCACAAACAGAUCAAUACUUAUUCCUUCUCAUGCGAUAAAAACAACAACAACAAUUAA